CCAAUGGCUAAGGCGGUGUUUACUGUGAAUGCCUUAAAAAUUCUGUUCUUUGUGUUGGGUUGCUUGAUGUUGGCAACCCUCAUCUACACUCUCUCCACCGAUGGUUCUCCAUUCCGCAGAGAACUCUUCACACCGGGGAUGGCAGCAAUCUUGGUUGAUUUCUAUAUCAAUGUUAUCGCACUAGCGGUUUGGGUUGCCUACAAGGAAUCAAACUGGAUUAGUGGAGCACUCUGGAUAAUUCUAUUAGUAUGUUUUGGAAGCAUCACUACAUGUGCCUAUAUUGUUGUCCAACUUUUCAAGGUCUCAUCUCAAGAUCCUUUACAAGACCCUAUGUACCAUGUUUUGUUGCGGCAUUGGAACAAUGGUGAUGUUGAAAGAAAUAGGACCAUCUCCUUCGUCUUGGUUGCAAGAGUUCUUUUCAGUGCAUUGGGUUGCUUGAUGUUGGGAACACUGAUUUGCACCAUAAUUAUUGAUGGCCUUCAUUCCCGCAGAGAGCUAUGGACACCAUGGAUGGCAGCAACACUGGUAGAUUUGUAUAUUAAUGUUGUGGCUAUUGCGGUUUGGAUUGCUUACAAAGGAUCGAGCUGGAUAACUGCACUCUUGUGGAUAGUUCUAUUGAUAUGUUUUGGCAGUCUCACAACAUGUGCCUUCAUAGUCAUGCAUCUUGCCCACCUUUCAUCCCAAGAUCCACUCUACCUAGUUUUGUUGAAUGAUCAUAGCAGACAGAGAACUUAUCUAAGCAGGGAUGCAAGUGUCAGUAGCUGAAGGGAUGAUA